GAAAUAAAUAAAAACCCGAAAUAAUUGUGUGCCCUGGUAAAGAGACGAAGCAUGCGAGACGGCGGAAGAAGGCAGUGAGAAGAAUAAUAAGAAGAUGAGCGGCGGGAAGAAGGGUGGGCCCCCGAAGCAUCAGAACAAGUUUGCCUGGAAACCCAACGCCGGUCGCAAGAUCAAUGAAACUGAAGUUGGGGGAAGGUUCAGGCCUCUGUCUGAGAUAACUGGUGUGUGCCCUCGCUGCAAGGACCAGAUCGAUUGGAAGCGCCGUUAUGGCAAGUACAAGCCUCUUGUUGAACCUGCCAAAUGUCAGAGAUGCUCGAAGCGUGCUGUUCGUCAAGCUUACCAUAACUUGUGUUCUGGGUGUGCAAAAGAGCAUCGUGUAUGCGCAAAGUGUUGUUGCAGUGUGAACCAUAUAGUUGGAAGAGAUUCUGCUGAAGUUGAGGCGGAACAAAAGAUGCUUGAGGAGGCUAUUAAGUAUUCUAGGGAGAGAGAAAGGAGAACACUAUUGCGUGCUAUGAAUAAAGACAAACCUAAAAGUUCAAGAAAUAACCCAACAGAUACUAGGGACAAUAAGGUUGGGCACUUAUUUCCAAAUGCAACCCUGGAAGAUUAUGCUAGAUUGCAUGGAGUUAAAAAGGAUCAUGGUGAUGGUGAAACCUGUGAUAGUAAAUUUGAUGAUGAUAGUGAGGAUGAAGUUUGUGAUGACAAAGAUGCUAACAGUGAGAAUGAAGAUUGUGGUGAUGAUGAUGAGGAUGAGGUGGAUGAUGAUGGCAGCGACCACAAUGAUGUUGUUCCUGAGCCAAAGGAAAGCAAAAAUGAAUGACUGCGGAGGUUUUAGCAUUUCCCCAUGAAUUAAGAUCGUCGGAGUACUCUCUUUAGGGAGUUGGUCUUGGCAUAUCUACUGAAAGAUAUUUCAGUUUUUACAUACAAAUUUUUUGGAUGAGUUGUAUCAUUAUUUUUUGUUCAAUGUAUUUAUUUAACCCUUAUCUAAUAGUUUUUGUUUACUUUUGAAUGGAAGCUAACAUUAGUUAAUAAUUAUGGAUU